GCAACUGCAAUGGCCAGGUCCGUUUCGGCUAUGGUGACAAGUGGAGCACGAGUAUGGCCACCGGAGAUAUCCAGUGCGGCACGGGCGUCAUGGGUGACCCCGACCCUGGUCAAGCGAAGGAAUGCCAGUGCUUCAAGCCCAGCGUGAUUCCCAAGAGCACUUGGGGCCUACAGGUUUCGACGUGCUUCGACUGGUCCUUCGUCGCCUUCUCUUUUUCCCUGUGCAUCGGCCUUCUCUUUGGAGAGAAGGAUGGGACCGUGGUGCUCCCGAACCUCGUAAUGGACAUCGAGUUCGGCGCCACCUCCUUCUACGAGUCGGCCUUGGAGAACAAGGAGCCGGAGGCCGGAUUCUCCUUGGACUUCGACUUCAAGGAGGAGUAUCCGGCCUUCUUGCCGGCCAGCGAGCCACGCUGGGGCGUCGCGGGCUCCAUGGAUGUGGCUUUGGCCGGCGAGCUCGAAGGCAUUUCACAGGUCGGCGGCGAAGUGGGCGUCACCUUCUUGCCGGAUCCGACGGUGGCACGAGGAUACAGCUUCACGCUGUUGCUCUCCACGGACUCUGCCGGUGAGGAAGCUCAAGCAUCGUUGUUAACUCAGAUGCAGGAGUCGGCGCAGCGAACGAAGAGACACGCACUUUCCCAAGGCGCUUCCGCCACCGAGGCCGCAGCAUUGAUGGCUGCGGUCGGCCACUUGGCCAAGUCAAAGGACUUCGACCGAAUGUUGGAGACGGCCGUUCUGCCUCGUUCGGAUCAACUGCUUCAGGCCCUGGACGGGGCCGCAAGCAAGGCGGUUCCGCCGGUGAAGUUGGAGGUUUCGGUGAGCGCGGAGGUGUCGUUUUCAUUUUGCCUCACGCCACCGCUAUGCCAUGGGCAGUGA